AACGAAACACGAGCGACUUUUUAUUAAAUUUUAAGCAAUUUAAUGCUGAUAAAUAUUCAAAAGGAAGUUAGAAUUAGGCAACAACGAGGAUGACUCUCAAGGACAAUCCGGUAUUGACGAACUCCAAACCUGAUUUCACGAAGAAAAAGACGAAAUUCAACGAGAUUCUCAACAAUUUAGGAGCUCCUCAUGUAGAAUCCUUUAACUACAUGCUCGCCGAAGGCAUUCAGGAUUGUGUCGAGAACAUCGCCCCGGUCUUUGUUGAACUCACGAACGGCGAUAAAAUCCGUUUAGUUAUCGAAGAAUGCACAAUCGCGCCUCCCACGAUACCCUUAAGUGCCUUGAACGUGAAAGAACGUCGAAUUUACCCGACGGAAUGUCGUCAACGAGGCGUUUCGUACAAAGGAAUGUGCAGCAUUCGCAUCGGAUGGGACAUAAACGGGCUCAAACAACCCUCCGUCGAUAAGGAUUUAGGCGAAGUGCCUAUUAUGAUGAAAUCGAGUGCUUGUCACUUGAAUGGCUUGAAGCCUUAUCAGCUAAUUGAGCGUGGCGAGCACGAACACGAAUGGGGAGGGCAGUUUUUGAUCAAAGGACAUGAAAAAUUAAUCCGAAUGUUGUUGAUGUCAAGGAGAAAUUAUCCAAUUGCCAUUAAACGAAGCACCUGGAAGGAUCGGGGAUACAGAUUUAGUGAUGUAGGCGUGCUGAUUCGAUGUGUGAAGACAGAUCAGACUUCGACGAACAACGUUGUGCAUUUUAUUAACAAUGGAACAGCUAAAUUUAUGUUUUCUUACAACAAAUUGUUGUCAUAUUUGCCAGUUGUGUUGCUUCUGAAGACAUUGACGAACUGCACGGAUGAAUAUAUUUACAAAGCAUUGAGUAAAGGAUACGAAGACGACCAAUAUUACUUGAAUUGCAUCCAAAACAUGAUCCGGGAAGUGCACGAUGAGAACAUCCACACACACGAUCAAUGCAAAAAUUACUUGGGACAAGUCUUUCGUUCGAGAUUUUACGGUUUGCCGUCAUGGUACAGCAAUAUUGAUGUCGCCGACUUUUUAUUGGACAACACAAUUCUCAUUCACUUGACGGAUAAUCGCGAUAAAUUCAACUUGCUCGUGUACAUGAUCCAAAAAUUGUUUCAAGUUGCUCAAGGAAAGUGCUUGGUUGAAGGCGCGGAUGGUAUUAUGAUGCAAGAAUUGCUUUUAGCGGGACAUUUGUAUCAAAAAUUACUCAAAGAGAAGUUGGAAGGAUUCUUGCAAUACCUAAAAUUGAACAUUUUAAAACGUGAGGAAGGUUCGUCGUUCAAACAAAGUGACUUUUUGACAGCUGUUAAGUAUGCCGGCAACAUCGACCGGAGUUUUGAGAAUUUUUUAGCUACAGGAAAUAUCAGUUCUCGCAGCGGUUUGGGUCUCAUGCAGAAUAGCGGGUUGGUUAUUAUGGCAGAAAACAUCAAUCGGAUGCGUUAUAUGAGUCAUUUUCGUGCCGUUCAUCGAGGUUCGUACUUCGUCGAGAUGCGAACUACUGAAGCGCGUCAACUUCUUCCCGAUGCUUGGGGGUUCAUUUGUCCCGUUCACACUCCCGACGGCUCUCCAUGCGGUUUAUUGAAUCAUUUAACGGUAAAUUGCAAGGUUUCGGGCAAUCCUGAUAAGAAACAAGUUGCUGCCAUCCCGAAUGUUUUAUGUGAUCUCGGGAUGAUACCGCUCAACAGUCAACUCGAUUGCACGGAUGAAAUAAAAAAUUCGUACACCGUGAUGCUCGAAGGUCGUGUAAUUGGAUAUGUUCACGAUAAAGAAGCGAAAAAUGUAGUAAAUGAACUUCGUUUGUUGAAAAUUAAGGGAAUUUCAAUCCCAAAUACGGCGGAAAUUGUGUUGGUGCCAAAGAAGAAAGGCGGUCAAUAUCCGGGAAUUUUUAUUUUUGUCGGAGUUGCGCGCAUGAUGCGUCCCGUGCAUAAUUUAAUCGCAGGCGAAAUUGAACUUAUUGGGACUUUUGAGCAAGUUUACAUGGAUAUUUGUAUCAAACAAGAGGAAGCUUACGAAGGAGUGACGACACAUUGUGAACUUUCGGAUACGUCGUUCAUGUCGAAUUUGGCAAAUUUGAUCCCGAUGCCGGAUUGUAAUCAAUCGCCGCGGAACAUGUAUCAGUGUCAGAUGGGUAAACAAACGAUGGGAACUCCUUUGCAUUAUUGGCAGUUGCAGGCAGAAACGAAAAUGUAUAGACUUCAAACGCCCGGAACGCCGCUUUUUAGACCUGUGCAUCAUGAUAACAUUGAGCUGGAUGAUUUUGCGAUGGGAACUAAUGCGAUUGUUGCUGUUAUUUCAUAUACGGGAUACGACAUGGAAGACGCAAUGAUAAUAAACAAAUCCGCCUUUGAACGUGGAUUCGCCCACGGACAAGUUUAUCACUCAGAAUUCAUUGAACUCAAGAACGACAGUUACUUUGCUCGAGAUCCGCAUGAUCAGAGUCUCGUCAAUUUCUUGGAUACCGACGGAUUUCCUCAUGCUGGCACGAUAUUAACUGCAAAGGCGCCAAUGUGUUGCUAUUUUGACACGAAUGAAGCCAAAUACGUUGUAAUGCGAUACAAAUCGAGUGAAACGUGCAUCGUGGAUAACAUCAAGCUAUGCGGCGGAUUAACGAAUGGUGUUCCCAAAAAAGCCUGUAUCACGUAUCGAGUCCCUCGAAAUCCCUCUGUUGGAGAUAAAUUCGCUUCUCGUGCGGGACAAAAAGGUAUUUGCUCCCAAAAAUGGCCUGCAGAAGACUUACCAUUCACUGAUUCGGGCAUCAUUCCCGAUAUUAUCUUCAAUCCUCACGGAUUUCCAUCUCGCAUGACAAUUGCCAUGAUGAUCGAAACGAUGGCGGGCAAACAUGCAGCAAUCAAAGGAACUGUUUAUGAUGCGACUCCGUUCAAAUUUGGCGAAGAUAAUACCGCGGUAGAGUAUUUUGCGAAACGACUCGAGAGCUGUGGAUAUAAUUAUUACGGGACAGAACGGAUGUACAGCGGAACAGAUGGGCGAGAAUUGAAAGCUGACAUUUUCUUUGGUAUUGUGCAUUACCAACGACUUCGGCAUAUGGUUUCGGAUAAAUGGCAAGUGCGAUCGACGGGUCCCAUUGAUAUGUUGACGCAUCAACCGUUGAAGGGAAGAAAACGCGGCGGAGGCGUGCGAUUUGGAGAGAUGGAACGUGAUGCUUUGAUUUCGCAUGGAGCAGCUUUUCUCUUGCAAGAUCGAUUGUUCCAUGGAUCGGAUAAGUGUUCGACAAUAAUUUGCAAAAACUGCGGAACACUCCUCGGACCUGUAGAUCAAAUCAAAAAACGCACCAACAAAGACGUCCUUAAUACUGUUCCCGCGAGUUGUCGACUUUGUGGCGACGGAAAUGGCAUCGGAUACAUCGAAAUCCCAUACAUUUUCAAAUUUUUAGUUACCCAACUAAGCUCGAUGAACAUAAAUGUGAAGCUGAAUUUCGAAAGUACAUAAAUUUUGUUAUUUUUAGAGAAAAAUAUGAUGAAAUAAAAGAAAAAAAA